AUGGCUGGUGGACCACUGCCCCACUGGGUUUGUGGUGAGAGUGGUCCCGCCAACACCCGGAACCAGGCAUCACCUGAAACCUCCAGCAGGCCGAGUAGCGUCUACGAGAACUUUCGGCGCUGGCAGAACUUCAAGGCCCUGACCCGGAGGUACCUUCCUCAGACUCCGGACACUGAGGCCGUUUCCUGCUUCCUCAUCCCGGUUCUGCGCACCCUGGCCCGCCUGAAGCCCACCAUGAGCCUGGAGGAAGGCCUGCGCCGGGCCCUGCGGGAAUGGGAGGGCACGAGCUAUUUUGACCGCAUGAUCUACUACGACAUGGCUGCCAAGUUCAUGGAGUUUGAGGCUGAGGAAGAGAUGGAAGCGCAGAAGCUGCAGUGGAUGAAUGGAGUACAGGGCCUGCCAACCACUGCCCCACCCAGGCCUGAGCCUCAGGGGGCUCCAGGCCCACCGCUAGGCCAGCGGGCCCCCAAAACCAAGGCCCCCAAGGAGAUCCCCCCUGAGACCAUGCAGGAGAACAUGGAUAUCAUGGACGAGCAGCUAAAGGCCCCCGAUACAGUCUGCGGGGCGCCCCUUGGCCGAAGGGCAGCGGGCAUGAAGGAGCAGCAGGAGGAGGCCGGGACCUGCCCUGACCCGGGGCUCCUGAGCUAUGUGUACGAGCUGUGCUCCCAGGAGGCCUUUGUCACCAAGGUCGAGGCAGUCAUUCAUCCCAGCUUCCUGGCGCACCUGCUCUCCCCAGAAUCCCAGCUGGAUCUCCUGGACCUGGCUGAGGAGCUCGAGGAGGAGGAAGGAAUUGUGGAAAAGCGUCUACAGACUGCGCUGGACAAGGAGGUCCAGAAGAGUGGUCUGGCCACCACCCGAAACCAGGCAUUGCCAAAAACCUCCAGCAGUCCCAAUAGCGUCUAUGAGAACUUCCGGCGCUGGCAGAGCUUCAAGGCCCUGACCCGGCAGUACAUUCCUCAGACUCUGGACACUGAGGCCCUUUCCUGCUUCCUUAUCCCAGGGCUGCGCACCUUGGCCUGCCUGAAGCCCACCAUGGGCCUGGAGGAAGGCCUGCGCCGUGCCUUGCGGGAAUGGCAUGGCACGAGCAACUUUGACCGCAUAAUCUACUACGACGUGGCUGCCAAGUGA